GGUCAGGUGUUGCUCCUAACUGGAACAUUCUUGAAUGCAAAAGAACAUGAGCUGUUCAAUGGUGUGCAAGCAACACCUGCUACUGAAGCAGGCAGCAGCAGCUACACUGGGCAGUGGCAACUUACACGAGGCCAUUAGGCUACCUGAAGGUGUAGACUUCAAUGAGUGGGUAGCUGUCAACACAGUGGACUUCUUCAACCAGGUCAGCAUGAUCUACGGCACUGUUGCAAAACUCUGCACUGAGAGUAGCUGUGCUGUGAUGUCGGCUGGUCCCAAGUACGAGUAUCGCUGGGCUGAUGGCCGCACCUUCAAGAGGCCCAUCAGGUGCUCUGCCCCUGAGUACAUUGACUGCCUUAUUAAGUGGGCCCGGAACCAUUUGGACGAUGAAGCACUCUUCCCCUCCAGGGUUGGGAUCCCCUUUCCUUGCAACUUCAUGCCUGUCGUCAAAACAAUUCUGCGACGGUUGUUCCGAGUGUAUGCACACAUCUACCACCAUCACUUCCAUGAGGUGCUGUGGAUGAAAGAAGAGGCACACCUCAACACCAGUUUCAAGCACUUCCUCUUGUUUGUGCUGGAGUUCGGGCUCAUUGAACACGAUGAACUGGCACCUUUGUGGGAGCUUAUUGGAAAGCUCACUGGCCUGGCAUUAGUUUCUUGACCCAAUCAAUGUGACUCUUUCAUAGCAAAUCAGUUCAGCCGAAUCUUGCAAGGUAGGGAAAGGUUCAUGAAAGAGAAAAUUGUCAUCAUGAUGCUACAUUUGGGUGGAUGACAAUUUUCCUUUCCACAUGACUCUUGUCUGGCAUUUUCUGUUCGCAUUUGAGCGGAGGAUGUUCUUAAAAUUAAUUGUUUGAAGAGUAUGCCAUCACUCUUGGACUGGUGGAAGGUUGAGAAAAUGAAUCGUUGCUUGCAUCUCGUCUGUAGGAUUGGUGCAAUGCUUCAAGUUCCACUUUUUAUAACUGCAAUAAAUUGCGAAUGUGAAAGCUAAGGUUCAUCCACAUAAAGCCAAGAAAUAGCGACAGGCCCUGAAUUAGCUUAGGCCAACAUGUUCCCCAAGUGUUUCACAUUGCUGGCACUGGUUGGGUGGCCCCAAGUUGGAGUUCUGAACUAAAGAUACUUAGUUAUGAUGCUGCUGAUGGCACCAAUGAUGCUUUGGUGCAGUUACACAACUUUGAAGUUAGUCGUGACUCUCUCUUAUUGUUUGAUUUAAUGUGUGGUAGUGGAUGGUGAGAUUAUCAGGAUGUCUAUUGGGCCGAGUUGGUAAAGUAACAUAAUUGCAUGUGAAAAGCAGAUAUGGACAGACAAGGAACACUGCGCUGAAAGUAAUGGUGUGAAACAGUUGGCUAGUCGGGCUGUUCUUGCAUUGCCCUGUUAUUGUAGCUGUAUGGCUCAGUCAUUGGGAAGAAUGUCUGGGGAAUUGUAGCAAGACUGGUACAAGGAUCCUUCUGCUGGGUGCCUUUUAAGCUUGCUUCUCAAUAGCCCUGCUCAGAAUUUGGUUGUCCUGAGGUCUUAUUUGGCUACCUAAAGCUCAUGCAAGUGUGCUUGAUACACUUAUCUGUGGUGAGCACUUGCAUGGACAUGCAACGUUGGCACUGCUGCUUCUUUUAUUACUGUCUAUCGUCUGUAUUUAUUUUCACAGGCGUAAUAUGUAAUUUGCUAAUUUGCUUGUCGCUCAGCAGGAAGAAAGCAAUUUACUGAAAAUGACUGUUCCGAAGUGAAGCCCAGGAAUGAGGCAGGCUGUAAAGAAUUUGUCAGUCUGCUAACGUGCGAAAUAUGUUGUUCUGGACACCAGAGUUGUGACCUGCUUAAAAACAUGACAAUGUUGCCCGACAAUCAGAAAGAAGGAUGCCUGACAAGGAGGGUAAUAUAAAAGUAAUGGUUGCUCACAAGAAUGGAUAUCACAGCUUUUUAUCAAGGCAUGCAUGAUAAGUAACAUUCCGCUUACAAGCCUUCUGCAUGAACUUGUAUUUCACAUGUCUCUGCAGUGCCUUUAGGGCCUAUGUUCUAAGUUCAGACCUUGUUACUGCAGUGACAGUGGUUUGCACAGAAGCACUCACAUGUACUGCACUGUGCAAUCACUGUCCCCAUAAGGCAACUGUUAGCACUACACUGUUCUUAAGCUGUGUCAUAUUCCUCCUUUCUGGAAACCUUUAGCAAUGCUCACAUUUCUGAAUAAACACUUCAUUCCACUUGC